AUGAACAAGGCUCUUAUGUCUUAUCAUGUUUGGAGCAUUGUCUCUAAAAGGGAGUCUUUAUGGGUAGAUUGGGUGCAUAGUUACAGGUUGAGAGGCAAGAGCUUCUGGAUGUGCAAAACCCCAGCUAAUUGUUGUUGGUCUUGGAGAAAGCUUGUGCAAUUGCGGCCUCUAAUUAGAAAUCAUUUAUGGUCGGAGUUAGGUAAUGGCGAUAACACUUCGGCUUGGUAUGAUUACUGGAGUGAUAUAGGGCCGCUUGGGGAUUUUAUUUCGCCGAGGUCUAUUACCGAUGCAGAUUUUAGUCUAGAUGAUUCUGUGGCUAACAUCUACUCGAAUGGUUCUUGGGCGUGGCCUUUGGCUUGGAGAGAUAUUUUUCCGGUUCUCAUUCAGUUAGACCAGGUUCAGUUAACCCCAAUGAAACAAGAUAGAUUGUUGUGGAGAGAUGGCAGCGAGAUUAUGGAGUUUUCCUCUUCUUGCGUGUGGCACUCGUUUCGGCACACGGCUCCGGAAGUGAAUUGGUGUAGGAUUGUUUGGUUUGCGUAG